AUGAACAAAAAACCUAGUUCGAUUUCUGUCCCUAACUCUUCCUUUUCUCUUUCUCCUCGACGACGAGCUCUGCUUCUCAAUGAAGAGAAUGCGGAUGAAGAAUCAGAAGAAGAUGAAGAAGAGGUCGCAAGGACUCCUAUUCGCAAAAGCUCAGCGAGGAAACUUGGAGAUGAAUUCGAAAAGUCUGCUUUUGCUGAUACUGUUGUAGUUAGUUCAGUAUCUGCGAGGAAAGGGAAUUCUAAAAUGAAGUCUAAGGGGCCCAGCAACGAUUUCCCUGUUUCUGUAGAAACUAGCAAGACAAGUCCUCCGAAGAAGAAUAAGAAGAGGAGCAAUGAACCGAUUACCAAUUCAGUAUCCCAAUCCUCUCCUCUCACUCGACGACGACGAGCUCUGCUUCACAAUGACGAUGAAGAAGUAGAAGAAGAACCAAAGAGCAGCCCGGGAAGGCUACAAAAGAACAAGAGAUCCAUUGCCACUAAAAAGACUAGUAGUUCCUCUCCAUUGAGUGCUGUUUCAGAUGGAGUAGCGUUUCGGACCCGUGGUCGGAAAUUGGAGGAAGAUAAUGCUCCUAUUGGAUCGCGCAAGCCCAUCAGGCGCCGGAAGUGA